UGUCUCCUUGUCUAUUUGUUCAAGGGUGUUCAAGGUGAAGUGUUGUUUGCCGUUCUUCCAACUUAUUCUUAAGAUUCUUAUACUACCUAAAUGAUGAGGCAAAUAUGUAAUUCUUUUGCAGGCCAAGGGAAUUGGCCUGGAUAGUGGGAAUUCGAAAGGCGCGAACAUUGUCACUUCUCAUAAUCAACUGUUUCAUGUACUGUAACAACUUAGUUUGAAUUCUUUGGAACAACAUACUUAUACUAGUACCUAUCAAAAACUUUGGGAGGCUAGCAUUAAAAUACUUUCUUGAAAGAUCCAAUGCUUCAUGAAAAUAAAUGAAGGUAUCCGAGCCAUGAUGAUCCUGGAAGAUGAUAAGAGUGUACAAGCUACACGCUGCGCUCAUAAAAAACGGGCAACACAAUAACCCACUCUCUCUCUGCUCCUUCUUCCUUACCUGCGCAAACUCCCUCGACACCGCACGCUAUGCCGCAUCUCUCUUGCUCCGUUUUCCCAUCCCACCCGACCCAUUUUCCUACAACACAAUCAUCAAACAAGUCGCACCCCAUUCUCCCACCCUCGCCCUUUCCCUAUUUUCCCAUAUGCACCGUAACUCAGUCCCUUUCGACCACUUCACUUUCCCACUCAUCCUCAAACACCACCACCCCCAUCACCUUCACUCUCUCAUUCUCAAGCUCGGUUUCGACUCCAACAUCUUCGUUCAGAACGCGCUUAUUAAUGCUUAUGGUUCUUGUGGGUUACUCCAUUUUGCAGUCAAACUGUUCGACGAAAUGCUUCAGAGAGAUUUAGUUUCUUGGUCUACUUUAAUCGCUUGUUUCGUUAAUAACAACCUUCCCGUUGAAGCCGUUUCUCUUUUCCAACAAAUGCAGCUUGAUCACCCUGACAUUGUGAGUUCCAUUGAUGGGGUUAUCAUGCUGAGUGUUUUAUCUGCGGUUUCGAGCUUAGGUGUGCUUGAAUUAGGUGUCUGGGUUCAUUCUUUUAUUUCAAGGAUAGGGCUUUUCGUUACUGUUCCAUUGGGUACUGCUCUUAUUAAUAUGUAUUCUAGAUGUGGGUCCAUUGAUCGUUCUGUUAAGGUGUUUGAUGAAAUGCCUCAUAGAAAUGUGGUUACCUGGACUGCAUUGAUUAAUGGGCUUGCUGUUCAUGGACGGAGUAGGGAAGCUUUGAAAGUGUUUGAUGACAUGAAGGAGUCUGGUUUGAAGCCUGAUCGGGCUUCAUUUAUAGGUGUGUUGGUGGCUUGUAGUCAUGGUGGUCUUGUGGAGGAUGGUUGGCGGGUUUUUGAAAGCAUGACGAAUGAGUUUGGAUUUGAACCGAUGCUUGAGCAUUAUGGUUGUAUGGUUGACCUUCUUGGUCGUGCAGGGCUUCUUGUUGAAGCUUUUGAGUUUGUGGAGAAAAUGCCUGUGAAACCAAACUCUGUUAUUUGGAGGACUUUGCUUGGGGCGUGUGUGAAUCAUAAUCAUCUUUUGUUGGCUGAAAAGGCCAGGGAAAGAGUCAAAGAGCUUGACCCACAUCAUGAUGGUGAUUAUGUGCUUUUAUCAAAUGCAUAUGGUGGAGUUGGUAACUGGGGUGGUAAGGCUGGCUUGAGAAAUUCUAUGAGGCAAAAUAGAAUUGUCAAGGAGCCUGGCCUUAGUUUUAUCCAUAUUGAUCAAGUGGUUCAUGAGUUUGUCUCUGGUGAUCAUUCUCAUCCACAAUGGGAGGAGAUUACAAAUUUUUUAGUUUCAAUUAUAGAUACUUUAAAACUUGGAGGUUACAUCCCUAAUACUUCGUCUGUGUUACAUGAUAUUCAAGAGGAAGAGAAAGAGCAUUGUGUGGGUUAUCAUAGUGAGAAAUUGGCAGUGGCUUUUGUGCUUCUUUAUCAUAGGGAUAGAAGGACCAUUAGGGUCAUUAAGAAUCUUAGGAUUUGUAAUGACUGUCAUGACUUCAUGAAGCAUGUUUCGGGUAUCUUUGACAGAGAUAUUAUUAUUAGAGAUCGAAAUCGAUUUCAUCACUUUAGCGAGGGAUCGUGUUCUUGUCAAGAUUUUUGGUAGUUCAAGUAUAAAAAUCUAUGUCAACAUUCAUUUGGCAGCAUCAAUGAAGGUCCUCGAGGUGGAAGUGGGCAUGGAGUAGAAAUUGGGAUCAUUAAUUCUAACUGUUAUGUUAAGAAACUUCUUUGUCAGAUUUAUAACUGUAUUAAGGCUGCUGACAGUAAAUGAGUUUAUAAUGUUAUUCUGAAAUUCGAAAUGGUAAUAUUGACUGAUUGUUUUGAGUAUGGUAAAAUUUAUAAAGUAUAACAGCAACAUAUUUAUUAGUUGUA